UCCAGCUCUAUUAGACCAGCUUUGCAGGAUCAAAAGGAGAUUUGGAAGACAGAAGCUGCCUGGGACCCCGCUGGCUUUGGAGGCUUUUCCUCCCUCCAGCUGCAGUGGAUCCUGGGGAAAAACCUUCAGGCUUGACCUUCAGGGGCCCUUCUGCCUGCCUCAGCGCUGGCAUCCACCUCCUGCUGGAGCUGUUUUGGUCAGAGCCCUUCUCUUCCUCCGCCCGGUUGUGGCAGGAAAGUUCAAGGUGUCCUGGCAGCAGGGAGCUCCUUCGCUCCACCCUCUGCCCCGCACACCAGCUCUCUGAGCUUCAGUGAGGAUCUGCUGAACCGGAGCUGCCAGCGAUAGGGUCUGUGCAGCCGGAGCGGACCCCCGGCAUGCAGCGCUUCCCCCGCGAGCCCUGGGCAGCCUUCGCUGCGCUCCUCUUCACCACCGUCCUCUGGUAUCCUUGCACAGCAGCUGAAGACAUCUCCAAUGUUUCAACAAGCUCCAUGCUCACAACUGAGUACGAAGCACCAUGCUUUAACGUGAACUUCUGCACACAAGUGGCCAUGUGCUGCCCGACAGGCAUGGAUGAUUAUGGAUGGAUCGCGGCGGCCGUCGGCUGGAGCCUCUGGUUUCUGACUCUCAUCCUGCUCUGUGUGGACAAGGUCAUGAAACUCCGGCCUGACGAACCCAAAUAUUUGGUGGCCUGAAGCAGAGGCAAGCCAGCAAGCAGCAGCACCCAGGAGCAGUGAGGUGCAGACAGAGUGACAAAGCAUUUCGAUCACUUCCUAAGAAACAAAAUAGAAAGCGAAAGUAUCUUCAGCCAAAAAAGGCUGGAUCUAAGCAGGGCACCUGCUGGGGCUUUAUCCUCCCUGGCAGGUCAGAGCUGCCAGGCAAGGUGUGGAGCAGGCAAGUCCCCAUGUAUGUCCCACAGUGCACAGAACACCUCUCCCCCGAGCCCCUUUCGCGCUUGCUGUGAGCGAGCCAGCAGUGAUCAGAUGCUGAAGGACCAGUUACCAGUCUAUAGCAUAUUGCCUUAAGACAACCCGUACAUAACCUUUGAUUUUGAAACAGAAAGUGGGCAAAUAAAGUUAUUUUCUGGAGCAUCGAUGUUACCAGAUCCAUUACUAAGCUACAGGCUGGUUACACCAGUAAGCUGAUGUAACUCACUUGAUUACCCCGAGUCCUGCACACUCACCUGCGGGAUUUUGAAGUCUAUUAACUGAUACCAGUGAAAACUCUGUUAUGGAAACUUAAGGAUUGUUCGGGCUGGUUUAAAAUUAAAACUAGUUUUUCCAGUGCA